AUGGCGGGCUCUCAUAUUCAGCCGCAAUGGCCUGUUAGUGAGUCCGAAGCAAGCCACCAACACUCCGAGCACGGAUAUGAGAGACUCAAGCUGGCCAGCGAUGGCAUGCUCGAUCCAACGCCGCAGGGAAAAUACGUGAGCCGCACGAAGCAAAACAUGACCAAGUCGCCGCUCUUGCGCCUACCGCCCGAAUUGCGCGCCACGAUCUAUCGAUACGUCUUCACCGGUUGCUACGUCCAAGACCCCGAUGGCAAGCGCUUUACGUCGAAGGACGUGGCACAUCCGUCAUUCCUUUCUGUAUGCCGCAGCUUCUACGCUGAAGCCCGCUUCCUCCCUUUCACCAACGCUCGCUUUAUCUUCGUGCCCUGGCACAUCGGGUCUGCAGUCAAAGGAGUGCCCUACCAGCGGAACGGAGACAGAUCGUAUGAUGUGUUCUUUAGAAUGUUUAUCGAGCAGCACGCACGUGAGGCACGCGUCUUCAAAUACUCCGCUCAAUCCGACAAGAUUGCGACCUUGCAGAUGCGCACCAGCCGAGUACCUUGUCUGGUUUCUUCAGGAUUCGUGAAGGAGCUCAAAUUCCUUCCCGGUCUCGAACAGAUCAUCCUGCGUCCAAUUCGCCCGAGGAGUCAAAUACCUUACAAGUUACUCCUCAUUUUCGACGAACGGAAGUUUAGUGAGGUCCGGGGUGCCCUUGGGAGCUCAGUUCGAGUGGAAUAUGAAGGAGAUGACUUACUAGAGUACGAGCUUCUGGAUUGGGACCUUAAAGCCUGA